UAAAGCCUUCUCGCCUCCUCCGCGAAUAGCAAAUCCUCUCUCCUCCUUCCUCCUCCGCUCGAUUUGACAUAGGCUUCUUCUCCAAGCUUUAUCAUGGCGGCGACGAUCCAGUCCGUGAAGGCGCGUCAGAUCUUCGACAGCCGUGGGAACCCCACCGUUGAGGUCGAUGUGUGCUGCUCAGAUGGAACCUUUGCUAGGGCAGCUGUUCCCAGCGGUGCAUCAACUGGUGUGUAUGAGGCUUUGGAGUUGAGGGACGGUGGGUCUGACUACUUGGGCAAGGGUGUUUCCAAGGCUGUUAACAAUGUGAACUCUAUUAUUGCACCAGCUUUGAUUGGCAAGGACCCUACCACACAAGCUGAGCUUGACAACUUUAUGGUCCAGCAGCUUGAUGGAACCAAAAACGAGUGGGGUUGGUGCAAGCAGAAGCUUGGUGCUAAUGCAAUCCUGGCUGUGUCACUAGCUGUUUGCAAAGCCGGAGCUUCCGUGAAGAAGAUUCCGCUGUACCAGCACAUUGCCAAUCUUGCUGGUAACAAGCACUUGGUUCUGCCUGUUCCUGCAUUCAACGUCAUUAACGGUGGAUCCCAUGCCGGAAACAAGCUUGCUAUGCAGGAGUUCAUGAUUCUUCCUACUGGAGCUACCUCAUUCAAGGAGGCUAUGAAGAUGGGUGUUGAAGUGUAUCAUAACUUGAAGUCUGUUAUCAAGAAGAAGUACGGCCAGGAUGCCACCAAUGUUGGCGAUGAAGGUGGUUUUGCUCCCAACAUUCAGGAGAACAAGGAGGGCCUUGAGCUCUUGAAGACUGCAAUUGAAAAGGCUGGAUACACCGGCAAGGUUGUCAUUGGGAUGGAUGUUGCUGCUUCAGAGUUCUACAAUGACAAGGACAAAACCUAUGACCUCAACUUCAAGGAAGAGAACAACGAUGGCUCACAGAAGAUAUCUGGGGAUAGCCUGAAGAAUGUCUACAAGUCAUUUGUCAGUGAAUACCCCAUUGUGUCGAUUGAGGAUCCCUUUGACCAGGAUGACUGGGUGCACUAUGCUAAGAUGACUGAAGAAAUUGGAGAGCCAGUGCAGAUUGUUGGUGAUGACCUUCUAGUGACCAACCCUACCAGAGUUGCCAAGGCAAUCCAGGAGAAGUCAUGCAAUGCUCUUCUGCUCAAGGUUAACCAAAUUGGAUCUGUCACUGAGAGUAUUGAGGCUGUGAAGAUGUCAAAACAUGCUGGCUGGGGUGUGAUGACCAGCCACAGAAGUGGUGAGACCGAGGACACAUUCAUUGCUGACCUUGCUGUUGGUCUAUCUACGGGCCAAAUCAAGACAGGGGCGCCCUGUCGCUCAGAGCGUCUUGCCAAGUACAACCAGCUUCUCAGGAUCGAGGAAGAGCUGGGUGCUGCUGCUGUCUAUGCAGGUGCCAAGUUCCGCGCACCGGUCGAGCCCUACUAAUUAGUGUUUGAACUUUCAGCCACACUAGUAGUAUUGUUGCAUGAGAGUUUUUGUGAAAAGGGGUUCUCCCGCAUUAUCCGUGUGUGGUUUAACAUCCGGAAUGAGCUCUAGUUGAAGCUUUUUAGGACCGAACAAUAAAGUUCCACAUCUAAUGUGAACGGAUAUGUACCCAUACUUGCUCCAAUUUUGGUCUUGUGAUGAGCAUGCCUGGUUUGGCCUAAAUCUGUUGGAUCUGUAAUACAGAGAUUGGCGUUUAUUGGCAUUGGUAUUAUCUCGCCA